CACCCACCCACCGCCCCCACAUUCACAACAAGUCCUCCUUCCUCUGCUUGCCUUGCUGUUUUCCCCUCAACACCGCACACCGACACGACACACGCACACGGCCAUGGCGUCAAUGUGGGUGGAUCGCUUCUCGUCGCUGACACCGGAGGAGGAGUGGUGGGUGAAGGUGGUUCCAGCAACCACGGUCGCCGCCUACGUCUUUCUUGCCAUCGCAGCUGAGUGGCUUGUGCCGUACGUGACCGCGCCAAAGGGAAGCCCGGAGCAGCGUCGCUGGCAGCUCACAGAAAGGCUGGGGACGCUCGUUCAUGCGAUUGUUGCCACCAUCAUCGGCUACGCGAUCAUCAUCGACGCCAAUGCAGAGGGUGACCUCCUCCACGGUAUGUGGAACAGGACGAGGGACUGGUACCAGCACUUGCGCUUUGGCAAUGCCAAGGGUCAGCGCGGGCUGGUGAGCCUGGUAAAGGACCAAGGCCUCAUCCUGCUGCACCACGUGCUGACGGUUGGACUUGGCUUCCCGCUCCUCAUCACCGUCAACAUGGGCGACUACUUCUUCGGCCACUUCUUCGUGUGCGAGGCGAGCUCCAUCUUCAUGGUGCUGCGCGGCAUGCUUGCCACCGCCAACCGCAAGGACACGCUCGCCUACACCGUCAACGGGCUGCUGUUCACUGCCGUGUUCUUCUGGACGCGCGUGCUGCUUAUCCCGCGUCUCAUGAUUGAGUACGCCACGUCGCUCGGGCAGCCCUGGCACACGGCCCCCUCCCUCCUCCGCCGCACCUGCUGGAUUGGCACCGUGCUCUUCGUUGUUCCGCAGCUGUAUUGGUUCUCCCUCCUCAUGCGCGGUGUGCUCAGGCACUUUGGUGGUGCUGGCAGCAAGGACAGGAAGCACAAGCAGCAGUCUGCUGAUGGCAAGGCGGUGGACACCUUUAACCAAUCCACGGCAGCAGCCGCCGACGGCAACAAGAAGCACGACUAACAACCACACACGCU